UUACCCAAAAAGUCUAAAAGUUAUCCUAGAAUCAAUAAAAGUUAUUUUAAUAUAUAUAGUAAUAAAAAAAAUUUAAGAAAGAAUCCCCUUCUCCAGAAACGACAUAAAAAUCAAAAUUGAUGACCGUAUUUUUCAAAACUGUAAACGGUGGACCUUCCCUUUGUUUCAACAACACCCAAACUUGUCAAAUCCUUCAUUCCUAGGAAUCCCAUAAUUUCCCUUGUUUUCCAUCAUUUCCUUUUUUUUCUUAUUCCCAAAAACAGAGUCUGGUUUCCUGUUUCCGCCGCCUACAUCAAACCAAACCCACUUUAACCCCUUCUUUAAUUAAUCAAAUUCCCCCAUUUUAGCUCACUGAUUACUCUCCAACUGCCUAAUUAUAUUUUCUUCCACUCUUCCAAACACUAAAACAUCAUUCCUCAAAAACCUUCAAUCAUUCCCUUAAACUUGUUUUAAUGGAUAACGGAGCCUUACCAAUCACACCCCUCCAACCUGGUGCAGGUACACUAGGCCGGCACCUCGGGCGCCGGCUAGUUCAAAUAGGCGUGAGAGACGUCUUCUCAGUUCCCGGCGAUUUCAACUUAACUUUAUUAGAUCAUCUAGUCGAUGAGCCAGAACUGAACUUGAUCGGGUGCUGCAAUGAGCUCAACGCAGGGUAUGCUGCUGAUGGGUAUGCGCGAGCGAAAGGUGUUGGCGCGUGUGUUGUCACGUUCACUGUUGGCGGGCUUAGUGUGCUUAACGCCAUUGCUGGAGCUAACAGUGAGAAUUUACCUGUGAUUUGUAUUGUUGGUGGGCCCAAUUCUAAUGAUUAUGGGUCUAAUAGGAUUUUGCAUCAUACUAUUGGGUUGCCUGAUUUUACUCAGGAAUUGCGUUGCUUUCAGACUGUCACUUGUUUUCAGGCGGUGGUGAACAACUUGGAUGAUGCACAUGAGCUGAUAGACACUGCAAUUUCGACUGCUUUAAAGGAAAGUAAGCCAGUUUACAUAAGCAUAGGCUGUAAUCUGCCUGGAAUUCCUCAUCCAACUUUUGCUAGGGAUCCUGUUCCAUACUUCCUUGCACCACACAUGAGCAAUCAGUUAGGCUUGGAAGCUGCAGUGGAAGCAACAGCCGAGUUUCUAAACAAGGCCGUGAAACCUGUUAUAAUUGGCGGACCCAAACUUAGAGUGGCAAAGGCGCAAAAGGCAUUUGUAGAACUUGCAGAUGCAUGUGGUUACCCUAUAGCAGUCAUGCCAUCAGGUAAAGGGCUGGUGCCUGAACACCUUCCCCACUUUAUCGGCACAUACUGGGGUGCUGUCAGUACUAACUAUGUUGGUGAAGUGGUCGAAUCAGCUGAUGCUUAUGUAUUCGUGGGUCCUAUUUUCAAUGAUUAUAGUUCAGUUGGGUAUUCCCUGUUGAUCAAGAAAGAAAAAAUGAUCUUAGUGCAGCCUAACCGCGUGACUAUUGCUAAUGGUCCCUCAUAUGGAUGGGUUUUCAUGGAUGACUUCUUAAGUGCAUUGGCAAAGAAACUUAAGAGAAACACCACAGCCAUGGAAAACUAUCGACGGAUAUAUACCCCUCCAGGCAUGCCUCUAAAGUGUGGGAAGGAUGAACCUCUCAGAGUCAAUGUUCUCUUCAAGCAUAUACAGGCUAUGAUUGAUGGAAAUACUGCAGUGAUUGCAGAAACUGGAGACUCAUGGUUCAAUUGUCAAAAGCUCCGGCUUCCAGAAGGCUGUGGGUUUGAAUUUCAGAUGCAAUAUGGGUCAAUCGGUUGGUCUGUUGGUGCUACAUUGGGAUAUGCUCAAGCUGCCAAAGACAAGCGAGUUGUUGCUUUCAUUGGUGACGGGAGUUUUCAGGUCACUGCUCAAGAUGUUUCAACAAUGAUUCGGUGUGGACAAAAGACAAUUAUAUUUCUCAUCAACAAUGGCGGAUAUACAAUUGAAGUCGAGAUCCAUGAUGGACCCUACAAUGUGAUUAAGAACUGGAACUAUACAGGCUUUAUUAAGGCUAUCCAUAACGGCCAAGGAAAUUGUUGGACCGCAAAGGUCCAAACAGAGGAACAACUGAUUGAUGCAAUAGCAGCUGCCACGGGUGAAUAUAAGGACUCUCUUUGUUUUAUCGAAAUCCUUGUGCACAAAGACGAUACCAGCAAAGAACUGUUGGAAUGGGGAUCUCGCGUUGCCUCUGCGAACAGUCGGCCUCCAAAUCCUCAGUAGUGAUUUUGUAGUCCUUUCAUCAAGCUUAUCAACUGUUGUAGCUAUCUGUGGUGGCUUUGAAUAAAGGCUGUACUAAACAAUGACAGAUUUUGUAUGGUUUGUAUAUAAAUAAAUGUUUUCGUCCUGUGAUAUAUGUAUAUUGUUGAUUGACUGAUAAUCUACCAAUCUGAGAGGAUAAAUAAAUUGUUGGUCCUAGUUUAA